CUUGGAUUUUGACAUUUGCAUUUGAGGUUAUGUUUAGUAAGCAUAGCGAAUGGUUAUUCAAUUAAUUAUUAUGCACUAAAACAUACUAUUUUAUCACUUGGUAUUCGAACAAUAGUAAACAAGUAUGGCCACAAUGCCUUUUCGACUCACCUAUCUCAGCAAAAUGGCUUCAAUCGCCUUUUAUUCAACUUUAACAAAACGAACGAUGGCAUAUAAAAGUGCAAUUUCGUUAGAAACUUUAUACCCAAAUAGUUCAUUAAAACUUACUACACCUUCAUUUACACCAGACCCUAAAGAGAAGUUUUCUGGUUUCAUUCCAAUGGAAAAGUUGGACAUAACUUAUAGUGCUAGCUCAGGACCAGGGGGACAAAAUGUUAACAAGGUGCACACAAAAGUAGAUCUCAGAUUCAAAUUAAAUGAGGCAGAUUGGUUGCAUCCCGACAUCAAGGAAAAGUUACUUGAAUUGCAUGGUAAGAAACUGUCUAAGGAAGGGUACUUGAUCAUCCGAUCAGACACAACUCGCUCCCAGCAACUGAACCUGGCAGACUGCCUGCAGAAACUGCGCAAGUUGAUCCGCGAUGCUGCCGUCACACAGCGUGAGCCCGCACCAGAGACACAGGAGAGGAUCCGACAGAGACAUCUGAAGGCAGCUCGGCUGCGCGUGGCUCAGAAGCGAGAGGAGUCGCACCGCCGUGAGCUCAAGAGACCGCCCACUGUCGUAGACUUAUGAUUUUUUUAUUAAAUUGAGCACACACUAACCUGCACAAUGUCAGCUAAUUACUUCAAAUGUUUACGACUGAUCAAUAUUUUUCAGUGAGGCUUAAUAUUGUUGAAGAUAUUUCUUUCAUCUAAAAGUGAACUUGAAUCGGAGACUACACACUAAAUGAGUUUUCUACCUUUGACACUUGUUUAGUUUUUCCUCCCAAGUUGAAUUAACAACAGGCAGGCGGCUGGUUGUAAAAAAUUAAACCAAAACUUUAAGGUUUAUAAAACCUUGUGUGCCGACCCCACAUGAGUUGGAUAAGGCCAGGGAGAUGGUGAUGAUUAUAUCUAUUGUUUAGUUAGUUUAUUUGUGGUAAUAAUACUGACGUUGCAGGUAAUAAUUCAGGAAUGUCUAUGGAG